AUGAGUUACAACUCGAUCACCACCAUUCAGCAUGGACCGCCAGCCCUCACACCAAGAUUCCGACUCCUCGAUUUGGCGCCCGAGAUACGUCUGAUGGUGCUGAAAGAACUAUUCCAACCCAUUCGUCUCGAGCUCCAGGAUCGCAAUUGUCAAUGCCACGACGCCGAAGGCCGCCUGAUGACCGUUGAACAAAUCCGACAACAAGUCCCCAGUGUGCUUCUCGUCAACAAACUCAUCUACUCCGAAGCAAUCGGUCUGUACAAAGCGUGGCCAGUGUCUCUAGUCACGUACGACAUUCUACCGAACGACGCGCUCACCCGAGUCAUCGCCAAAGGAUUUCAGAGAGUUACUCAGAUGUUCGUCGACGAAGAGACAGUCAUCCUCCCCGAGCGCACUCUGCUACCAGCUCUGCAAGAAGUCAUCAUCCACCUCUGCUGGGACGACGAAUACGGCACUGCAGACAACCUCGAUUUUGGCGUGACUAAGGAGAACCUGCUCGAGAAUAUCCUGAAGAGAUUCGACGCAACCAACAUCGCCCAUGCCAUCAAACAGGCCAAGGAGGAAGGAGAUCUGCCAUACCGCUUGCUGACCGAGACGGAGUACAUGUUGUGCUGUGAGCAUGAUCAUUGUGAUCCUGUAUGGUGGCAGGAGAUUCGUGUUGACGUUGAGACUCGUGACUUUUUGUACGUCGGUAACACCGAUCCCACCGAACACGAACCCGGCUGUCCUGGUACUCCUGAAGAUGGUGACGACGAGAACGGAGAAGGGGCUGAACCCGCGAACGUGGAAGACGGAGGGGUUUCGGUCGCUGUGGAGGGCGAUGAGAACAAGGAGAAUGUCGAGGCCAUCGCUGUGUAA